AUGAAGAAAUCAUCUCUCCAUUCCAGUGAAGCUUCGGCAAAUUUCAGAGCAGCUUGGUUGAACAUGAAAGAAGAGAAAGAAGAAAGAAUCUUGAUAAGCCUCCGCGAUGAUGACGUCACUGCCGCCACCUGUCUUCCAUUAUGUCAUCUCUACUCUGUCUCUGCCAUCUACAAACAAGAGACAAAUAUAUGCCACUUGUCACCAUCUUGUCGUGCGGGGAUCAUGGAACGUGUGAAAAAUGUGCUCACAGAAUUCUACGCUGAUCCAGGUGAACCUGAAGUCUGUAAGAAGAAGGAAGAGUUGUCGGAUCUUCAGAGACUCCUGAGAGCCGACACACAUGAAGGUGCCCUGAGAUUCGCUGAAGAAUCUCUGUAUUGGAAAAGCAGAAAUUUCCUCUCCUAUCCCGAGCUGACUAGAUUGCCGAUUGAUUUCAUCACAUGUUGUCGUGACGUCCCUCGUAUUCAUGCUUUCUAUCGAGUAAUCAUUGAGAAUCCAAAUGGGUAUAUUCUGACUCCUUGUCACGCUAAUGUUCAUGGAUAUCAUCGAGGAGAUCUUCGUUAUAUAGAAGUCAAUGACAGGACUGUGACAAAGAGUAAUGAAACAACGAGUAUCGUUGGAAAACUGUUCCUUGGAGAUAUUAUUGGAGUCACUGGAUUGGCGAGUUGCCCGCGUACGAAUACGGGGUGA